CAGAUAAUGGCGGCCAUUCUAGCUCUGAGACACCACCCAUUCAUUAACCCUUUAGGCUCUUCUUUCACCACUGAUCUUGUAGGUAAAAUGUGGCUACAGUAGGGGAUAUGCUUUUGAACAGCUAGUUGAAAAUGCUGUUACGCAUAGGGCAGCCUUUUUUUUAAUUAAAAGCUUAUGAUCAUGGUUUGAAUAUUUGUUAUUUUUCAGUUUGGCCUUAUAAGGCAGACUGGAAGUCUGAGGUUAGAAUUAUCAAAGCUGUAAUAGAUUUUUGUUUUGAAGGCCUGGAAAAAUAGGUGGCCAUUAAUGUUGCUGUAGGCAUUCUGGAGAACUGACAAAGAAGACUCAGAUAUGGGAGAUGAAACAUGAUUCUUUUAUCCUGUAGAUACAGAUUGGUCAGCUGAACAUCUGUGCAAAGAAUUGCUGCCUUGCCAGUUAAUUGAGGAGUCUCAUAUUUAGCCUUGUUUGAUCCAGAGUGGACAUUAUAAGCCUCUAUGCAGUACAGAGCUUGAUCAAAUACAAUAUGUAGACACUCGAUUCAGAAUUGUAAGCCCACAUCCUAUGCUGUGUAAAGUUACAGAAGCAGUUGUGAUCUGUGAAUUAUGCAAUCUGAGAACAACUGAUUUGCCCUCAUGCCUGCUGCUCAAAUAAUAUUUUAUAAUGAGCAGUGUUGACACUACAGAUUCACAUCCAUUUCAUCACUUCCAUUCUGAACAUUGUACAUAGCAGCUUCCUAACAGCUGGUGAGAAAGAAACGGAUACAGCUUUUUUCUGUCUUGGCUUGGAGGGGCUCGGGUAGAUUUGGGCCAAACAAUAAUAUCCUGGAGUGCAAAGAAAUCAUCAUGUGGGGCAGUGAGAAAGCUAUCAGGAAGUGGCAACAUUUAAAUCACCAUUUGAGGAGGACUGCUGUACCGCUUCAGAGCUUUUGGAAAAGAAAAUGAAUUUCAUCAGUAGAAGCACAUGAUCAUGGGGGAUAUGAAGACCCCAGACUUUGAAGACCUUCUUGCUGCAUUCGACAUCCCUGAUAUGGUCGAUCCUAAAGUAGCUAUUGAAUCUGGGCACGACGACCAUGAAAAUUCAAUAAAACAGAAUGCCCAUACUGAUGAUGAUAGUCACACUUCAUCAGCUCCAGAUGUUGGUGUAAGUGUAAUUGUCAAAAAUAUCCGUAACAUUGAUUCUACUGAAGGAGCUGAUAAAGACACCCACCAUUCUGCAGGUAAUGGAUUGCAUAAUGGAUUUCUUCCUGUAUCAACACUUGAUCGUUACAAAGAAGGAAACAAAUCCAUUAAAAAUGAUAACUUGGUCUCUGAAUCUGCAAUUAAGGACACAUUCAACCAGUUUAGUCCUAUUUCUAGUGCUGAAGAAUUUGAUGAUGAUGAAAAGAUUGAGGUGGUCGAUCCUCCUGAUAAAGAAGAAAUCCUUAAAACCUAUAGAUCAAAUGUGUUAGGAGGAUCAGUUGCUCGGCAGGAGUAUGAAAGAACAAAGGGUGUUGGUGAAGAUGACUUGGUCAAAUCGGCCAUUUCUGUCAGUAGUGAAGAGAAAAGUAAGGUAGCAAAACGAGAAACUGACCAUAGUCCAAUCAGCGUAGGAGUUUAUGAAUCAUUUAAAAUUAGAAGAGCAGAAGAAAAAAAUGCAAAAGCUAAUUCAGAAAAAAUGCUUGAAAACAGACAACUGGAUGACCCAAAUAAUGAAAAAUGUGGAGAUGGCUGUAGCAGAGACUCAAUGCCUAAAACAAGAUCUUCAAUGAAACUUUCAUCUUGCAUUGCAGCAAUUGCCGCACUUAAUGCUAAGAAAGCUAGUGUAGAUAAGGAAUCUCCAUGUAAUUCAAGGAGUUCUUCUCCACAAUCAAAAGAAGUAAAAGAUAUUUCUAAGGUUAUUGAGAAAUCCCCUGAAUGUCAGAGUCCUGUGGAAUUAUCAAAAAAGGUAUGUAUGAAACAGCCAGAUAGCCCUAUGAGCAUUUCUAGUGAAAACAGUAGCAAAGGCUCACCAUCUUCUUUAGCAAGCUCAACACCAGCAAUUCCCAAGGUCCGUAUAAAAACUAUUAAAACAUCAUCUGGGGAAAUCAAAAGAACAGUAACCAGAGUCCUACCAGAAGCUGAUCAGGAUACUUUGAAGAAGGGACUUGAACAGGCAUCUUCCAUAGUUGUUUCUUCACUUCUAGCAACCCCAAGUUCUGCUGUGCUUUCUUCUCCUUCUAGAACACCAUUGCAGGCUACUGCUGCUGGCAGUUCUCGUGCAUCUCCUGACCUCACUCCAAAGCAAGUCACUAUUAAACCAGUUGCAACAGCCUUUCUUCCUGUUUCAGCAGUAAAGACAGCAGGAUCACAGGUAAUUAAUUUGAAGCUUGCUAAUAACACUACUGUGAAAGCUACUGUAAUUUCUGCUGCAUCUGUUCAGAGUGCCAGCAGUGCCAUUAUUAAAGCUGCCAAUGCAAUUCAGCAACAGACUGUAGUAGUACCAGCAUCCAGCCUUGCCACUGCAAAGCUUGUGCCAAAGACUGUACACCUUGCCAAUCUUAAUCUCCUGCCACAGGGUAUGCAGACCUCUUCUGAACUCCGACAAGUCCUCACUAAAACUCAGCAGCCAAUAAAACAGGCAAUAAUUACUACAACAACCACUCAGCCUCCUAAAAAAGUAUCUAGAGUUCAAGUACUGGCAUCUUCACAGAGCUCUGUGGUAGAAGCGUUUAAUAAGGUACUGAGCAGUGUUAAUCCUGUCCCUGUAUAUAUCCCAAAUCUUUGCCCUCCUCCCAGUGCUGGCAUUUCUUUGCCUUCACGAGGAUACAAGUGCUUGGAAUGUGGUGAUUCAUUUGCUCUGGAAAAAAGCUUAAGCCAGCAUUAUGAUAGAAGAAGUGUGCGAAUUGAAGUGACAUGUAACCACUGCACAAAAAAUUUAGUUUUCUACAACAAAUGUAGCCUUCUUUCCCAUGCUCGUGGGCACAAAGAAAAAGGUGUUGUCAUGCAGUGCUCACACUUGAUCUUGAAGCCAGUUCCAGCAGACCAGAUGAUUGCUUCAGCUUCUUCUUCUUCAUCAUCAUUGUCAAAUAGUAGCAAACCUGCAUCAAUUCCUAUUUCUAUACCAGUAUCAACAGGAGCAGUGGUCAGUAGCAUUGCAAAGACUCUAGUAAACACAUCAAGCACUGUUAUAUCUGCCCCAUCAAGUGCACCAGUUGUUCCAGCUAUGCCUCUUGAAGAAGAUCCUUCUAAACUUUGUAGACAUAGUCUAAAGUGUUUGGAAUGCUUUGAAGUGUUUCAAGAUGAGACCUGUCUUGCUACACAUUUUCAGCAGGCCACUGAUACAAGUACACAGAAAACCUGUUUUAUAUGCCAGAUGCUGCUUCCCAACCCAUGUAGUUUUGCAUCACACCAGAGAAUUCAUCAGCACAAGUCACCAUAUACUUGUCCAGAAUGUGGAGCAAUAUGUCGAUCUGCUCAUUUCCAGACUCAUGUCACCAGGAACUGCCUCCACUAUACUAGAAGAGUUGGAUAUCGUUGUGUACAUUGCAACGUUGUCUACUCUGAUGUCGCAGCGCUCAAGUCUCAUAUUCAAGGCUCCCAUUGUGAGAUCUUUUACAAGUGUCCCAUUUGUCCAAUGGCAUUUAAAUCUGCCCCAAGCACACAUUCACAUGCCUAUACACAGCAUCCUGGAGUCAAGAUAGGAGAACCAAAAAUUAUUUAUAAGUGCUCAAUGUGUGACACUGUAUUUACCCUGCAACCUUUGCUGUAUCGCCAUUUUGAUCAGCAUAUUGAAAAUCAGAAAGUGUCAGUCUUCAAGUGCCCAGAUUGUGCUCUUCUGUUUGCACAAAAACAGCUGAUGAUGGACCACAUUAAGUCUAUGCAUGGCACUCUGAAAAGUAUUGAAGGCCCUCCAAAUCUGGGGAUUAAUUUACUGUCAAAUACCAAGGCUGCAGUACCUGCUUCAGGAGGUCAGAGUAAAGAGGAAACAAAACCUGUCAAUGCGACUGAGAAACUAGAAAAGAAAUCUCAAUCACCUGCAAAGAAAUCUAUACCCCUUAGAAAGACAACCAGCAUCUGCUGGACUUGCUGGGAUUGCGACAGACCAUUCUCGCAAAAGGAGGUUUACAUAUCUCACAUGAGAAAAGAACAUGGCAAGCAAAUGAAGAAAUAUCCAUGCAGACUAUGUGAGAAGUCUUUCAGUUCUUCACACAGUCUUUGUCGCCACAAUCGCAUUAAACACAAAGGCAUUCUGAAAGUAUAUACAUGCUCGCACUGUACCGAUUCAAAGCGUACCUUCAGUAAACGACUGAUGCUAGAAAAGCAUAUUCAACUCAUGCAUGGCAUUAAGGAUCCCGAUGUAAAGGAAAUGGCAGAAACAACUACUUUAGAAGAAACACCAUUAAUAGAGGAUCCUAAGGUUGCUAGUCCAAAGCGAACAUUAGAAGAACCAGUUUCAGAGUUUCCACCUCCUAGAGGAUCCAUCACGCAGCCAUUAAAAAAGCUAAAAAUUAAUGUUUUUAAAGUUCACAAAUGUGCCGUUUGUGGCUUUACCACAGAAAAUCUCCUUCAGUUUCAUGAACACAUACCUCAGCACAAAACUGACGGCUCUUCUCACCAGUGUAGAGAGUGUGGCCUGUGCUAUACUUCUCAUGUUUCUCUCUCGAGACAUCUUUUUAUAGUCCAUAAACUGAAAGAGCCACAACCAGCCUCGAAACAGAAUGGCACCCAUGGUGACAGUCAACAAGAAAACAAAGCAGAGGAAAAUGCUGAGGCAGCAGAUCCCCUGUCACCUGACAAAACUUGUAAAGUUUGUGCUAGAACAUUUGAAACUGAAGCUGCCUUAAAUACUCACAUGAGAACACAUGGUAUGGCCUUCAUAAAGUCAAAAAGAAUGAGUGCAGCUGAGAAAUGACAAUAUUUGGAUAUUUCUGAAGGAAAUACAUUUUUGUUAUGCAGCACUGUAUUGGACCUUCAGUCACCUUUAUUCAGAAAGGGGAUUUUACACCUUAUCUGAACUAUAUUAAGGCGGCAGAAAUCAAGAAGACUUUACAGUGUUAAUGGCUGCUGCAGAAUGUGAUACACUUAUUUCCAGUCACAAACCUCAAAAUAUGUUUUCAGAAAGUAUUAACAAAGUAAAUGAAUUUAGAAAGGAUUU